UAAUAAUCCUUUCAAGUUUUCAUGCCUAUUUGUAUUCAAAUACGGUAUAUGAAAGCGAACAAUAUGAUUCAUCUGCUGUCAUAACUUGGUCGACCGAGAAAAACUUUUAUACCCCGCCGGCAAAAAGUUGCAUAAGUUUCAACAAUUUUGAAGAUCGAUCAGUUGCAUGAACAUUUCGACUCCACUUAACAUGCCUGCCAGCAUAAGCUCUGAAACCCCCACCGAUGAAGCAAUUGCCAUUGAGCCAGUACAAAUUACCAGAGAGGAUAUUAUUCGGUGUCGAUUCUCUUCUUGGUACGGCCGAUUUCGAGAUGCCACAUUCAAAUCUCGUGUGAUACCGUUGCCGAAGGAAUUCAUUGACUAUUUGAACGCAGAUGGCAUAUAUCUUCCCGACGAAGGGCAAGCGCAAGCAGCUCGACUGAUGGAACAAGACAGCGAUGAUGAGGACGCUUUAGACGACUUUGACACAGAUGGAAACGAAACGGAGGAGCAAAGCAAUGCUCCAUCUUUUCCGGAAGUUGAGGAUGCUAUUCGAGAUGCUGUGGCAGAGUACGAAGGUGCAAUCUUCCCAAAGCUCAAUUGGAGUUCGCCAAGGGACGCAGCAUGGAUUACCGCAACGCAAUCUUUAAAGUGCACCAAUGCAUUCGACAUUUACUUGCUAUUGAAAUCUUCUGACUUUAUCAAUUAUGACUUAAGCCAUGCAUACGAUGAAUGCACCGACGGGCAACAUUACGAUUCAGACCAGAGCUACGAACUUGUACUCAGGAAAUGGUAUGACUUACACCCAUCAAUGGAAUUUCGAUGCUUCGUACGAAAUCGUGAAAUCAUUGGCAUUUCACAACGGGACAUCAAUUACUAUGAGUUCUUAGCCGACAUGAAAGAUGAACUGGAAACCACGAUACAUGAAUUUUUCGAAGACCGGGUUCGAGACCAGUUCGAGAGUGAUAAUUAUGUCUUUGAUGUAUACGUAUUGCAAAAUCGACGAACGGUAAAGCUUGUUGAUUUCAAUCCGUUUUCACCAACAACUGACGGCCUUUUGUACGAGUGGGCAGAGUUAUAUCAAAUUUCACCAGACGAUAACAACGCAGAUAUUCGAAUCAUUACUUCCCAAGUUGAGGCCAACAUGAGAGCACGGUGCGCCCCAUCAUUUUCAGCGAACAUGGUUCCCAAAGACGUUGUCGAUUUGUCCAAUGGACAAACUAUAGCCCAGUUUGCAGAGGAUUUCCACAAAGCCAUGGCAGGACAGAAGGUCGAGGACUCAAGUGACGAGGAUGACGAGCCAUUUGUACAGAAAUAAUGGACCCAUAGACACACACACAACACACGCACGCAAUAUCUAUAAGCUAUAAAUUUUUCUUUCAUAUUUUUUUUGGAGCAUUUUGAUUGAUUGGAUAGUCGCAACUUUGUGAUGGGAGGGGGAACAUCGGGAAGAGGGGCGGGGAAGAAGGUGGGAUAAAAGGUUUACGAAUUCAAUAAGAGUUUCGGAGAAACAUGCGGAUACCAUUCAGCAGGUAAACAAAAGGAGUGUGUUCAAAUUGCCAAUAAAAAAAGAAAGAUGGUGUCUUCGCAGGA